AAUUCUGGUGUUGAAUAUAUUUUGGCUAAUAUAAGUCAGGAUAUCAAUAUAUUGAAUAAUUACAAUUCCAGCUUUCCUCACCAUUACACAACUUGAGGCUAAUGAGAAUUGUAAUAUCUUGAAGGCUAUGACUAAUUCUGGGUGACAUUUCUCUCUAUACCAUAUAUGCUUGCAGGCUAUUGCUAGAUUUUGGUUAAAUAUUUUCAUAAUAUAGUAGUGGCUGCUGCUCUCAUUUCUUCUUACAUCCUCUUUCCUGGCAUUACAGUGUCUAACAUUCCAAGAAAACAUUGGUCAUUAAUGUAAAUAUACUUCUGCCAAAUACUUCAUCUAAGAAUACUCCAGAAUCUUUCUUGCGUUGUUUUCAAUUACUUGCCCUCAAGGUCCUAACAUUGCAACUAUGCUCCUCCUAAUAUAGAUGUGGAUGGGGUAUCUUGUUAUGUAAUUUGUAACACAGUUGUCACUGAGUAGUAUUAGCAACUACAUGUUUCUUAUGUGGCAUGCAAAUGAUUCACAGACUUAUGUCCUCUGAAAUAUGUACUCUUGGUACAGGGGGGAAAAUGAAGGCUAUGUUGUAAUGUUAUCAUAAUCUGAAAUAGCUUUCCAUAAACUUUUGUCAUCUAGAUUCAUUGGAAUUACUCUGAUGACUGGAACUACUAUAGAACCGCUCAAAAGAAGAGUUGUAAAUUCACAAUCAGCCUUCAGGCAGGCGUGUAGGACUACAAUGACAGCUACAACCCUAGCCAGCAGUGGACAGAAACUUUCUAAUACCAAAGAGGAAAGGAAGUUAAGAAAACCUUUGAUUGAAAGGAAGCGAAGGGAGAGGAUUAACAAUUGUUUGGACCAGCUCAAAGAAACAGUUGUUGGAGCCUUUCGGCUUGAUCAGUCAAAAUUUGAAAAAGCAGACAUCUUGGAAAUGACAGUAAAACAUCUCCAGAAUAUCCAGCACAACAGAAAUAUAGCAGAUUCUAAAAUGGGUCUUGAAGCUCGGCAGAGGUACAGCACUGGAUAUAUUCAGUGCAUGCAUGAAGUUCACAACCUCCUCCUGACCUGUAACUGGAUGGACAAGACACUUGGAGCACGGUUACUGAACCAUCUGUUGAAAUCCUUACCCAAAUCCAAUGACGAGACUUGCAAGAAGGACCUGAACCCUUCCACUCCAGUGAAUGGCAAGGGAAAUACAACAGGGUCUAGCCAAUCUCAGGAUCAGAUGUAUCCAACUGAAGUCAAACUGGGAUUGAAAAAGUCAUUUCAGCCACAACCGUCAUCACGAUGUAAUCGGUAUGAGUUGCCACAUCCCAGGGAGAUUUUGCAGCCUCAUUUCGCACAUAAUGGUGUUAACAUGGCUUCAUUGGAUAUGUGGAGACCAUGGUAAAAAUUCUUGGGCUGGGGGAAUUCUUUCUAAUUUUAGACCCUCUUUUAUAUGUAUCUUAUAGAUAUGUCUCUUUAAAACACUUUUUGGAGCAAGUCUGCUCCGGCAGGUGUACUAAAGACCAGGGUACUUCAAGCCGGAGGAAAUCUGUAUGUAGCCUGCAUUGUAGAAGGCUGCUAUUAUAUUGUAUUUAUUGAAUACAUCUAAAUUAUUUUACAGAAUCUUCUUUGUGGCUGCUUAGUAUACAGCAUAUGAUAUGUAAAAUUCCUUUUCCUAUAUUAGAAUUAAUGGAUUAAUAAAAAAUAGAAACAAGUGCAAGCCAUUGUCAUCUGUCUCUGGUUUUUAUGAUAAUUUUUUUAAACUCUCUUUAAUACAUACACCCUUCUCACUCAACCUCCGACCCCG